AUGAGUGCCUCUACCAGACUCGUACGCAAUGCCUCAAUUAGGCGGCCGCUCAUCAAUGUCUCGAUGAGCCAGCGGGCUCUCUCGUCCACCUUUCAUCCUGCACUGGUCCGCCUUUCGGGCCAAAACCCAUCCAUUAUGCGGUCUGCCAUGGCCGUUUCUGCGAUUCGACGUGGCUACUCAACCGAAACAUCAACGCAGACUGGUGGCGGUUCAUCAUUUCCUCCUCCCGGCUUUAAUGCCGAGCAGGCAAAAAAAGCCCCCAAGAAAGAGGGAGAACAUGCGAAAGCAUCUGAAGGCGCGGCAGCGAAGUCUGGAGAAAAAGCUCACGAUGUCCAGCUUGAUGGGGAAGUCACAUCUGGCCCUGGCAAAAACAAAGCCGAAGAAGACAAAACUUUGACUGAGCUGGCAGCGGAGAAAUCAUCUGCAGAGAAGACAGAAGAGAAGAAGGCGGUGGAAUCGAAGAAAGAAGAGACUAAAAAAUUGACAUUGGGACAGAAGAUUAAGAAGGAGGUGAUGCAUUAUUGGGAUGGUACCAAGUUGCUUGCAACCGAGGUCAAAAUCAGCACUAAACUCGUGGUCAAAAUGGCUGCCGGGUAUGAACUUACUAGACGAGAAAACAGACAGUUACAACGUACUGUUCAGGAUCUAGGCCGUCUGGUCCCCUUUUCAGUCUUUCUCAUCGUCCCAUUUGCGGAGCUGCUGCUCCCUGUCGCCUUGAAACUCUUCCCUAACCUCUUACCCAGCACUUAUGAGGGGCAAAAGUCCAAGGAUGCUAAGGUCACCAAUCUACGGGCGACUAGAAAGGAAGUUAGCAGUUUCCUGCGGCAGACGCUGAAAGAGACAGGCCUUCCCGUUAGCUCUGCUAACGCUCAGAGCGACGAGUUCACAGAAUUUUUCCGCAAGGUUCGGGCUACCGGCGAACAACCCACCCACGCGGAUGUUAUCAAGGUCUGCAAGAUCUUCAAGGACGACCUUACGCUUGAUAACCUCUCUCGACCUCAGCUGGUUGCCAUGUGUCGUUAUAUGAAUCUUAACAGUUUCGGAACCGACAUGAUGCUCCGCUACCAAAUCAGACACAGAAUGCGACAGAUUAAGCGCGACGAUCGGGCUAUUUCCUACGAAGGAGUCGAGUCUCUUUCGGUUACUGAGCUGCAGAAUGCCUGCAUGUCUCGUGGCCUUCGUACCCACGGUUUGAGCCCUGGACGUCUCCGGGAUGACCUGCAGAUGUGGCUUGACCUUCGCCUUAAAUCGGGUGUCCCAUCAACUUUGCUCGUGCUGAGCAAUGCUUUCAUGUACGCUCAGGGCAAGGACGCCGAAAUGGCAUCCCAGAUUGAUGCUCUGCAGUCUGUGUUGUCUAGUAUCCCUGAGGAACUCUUCCACGAGAUUGAGCUCGAGGUUCAUACUGCUGAGGGCGCAGCUACAAACAAACAACGUCUCGAAGUUCUCAAGGAGCAGCAAGAACUCAUUGAUGAGGAGAACGAGCAGAAUCAGGAACACUCGAGCGUUGGACGCACAACUCCAAAGGACGACAAGGAUAUCGAUGAGAAGGAAGACCUCCGUAAACGCGACGCUAUUGCUGCUACCAAGGAACAGGCGGCUGAAGCCAUUGACGCGGAGCGAGAGGCUCAUGAAGUCGACCAACGCGACCAGAAGAGAAGUCAGCAACAAUAG